GUGACUGCCCGGAUGUGCCAGUGGGAUAAAUCAAAUGCAAUUGAAGCAGAUGCACACCUGCGCUGUCAUUUCGUUUUUUAAUUAACACAUGAUUUUCUAUUCGAAUACACUUUGGCUGUAAACCCAGCCCCAUAUCUCUCAUGUCGAUUGUUAUGCUAUUUGUCCGUUAUAGCCUACAAGGACACCAACUCAUCUCGUCGGACAGAGACACGUAGGCUACUGUAGGCUAAACACAAGACCGCCGGUGAAUGACAGGGACGAGAGCCCUUUAACCCCUUGCCAUCUGGAACAAUCAGCGUGGAAUCGGAACUAAAACAAUGGCUAGAGGGCGUAUUCUUGACGGCGAUCUAUAACAUUCUGCAUGUUUUGAUGUUGGUAGGCCUACCCGUGCCGCCUCCUCCUCAGUGCACUGCUUGAACAACGUAACAAUAAAUGGUGUGCGCUUUCGGCUCCAUCGUCUCUGUUCAUGAUCUAUUCGUCCACGGCUCUGCAUCUGGCAGACCUGCACAGGACAUAGGGUUUUGUGUGGAAUUAUCAGUGCCAGUGUCAUCUGUCUGAGAGAGAGCGAGAGAGAAGGAAUCCUUGGCAUACACACACGUCGGUGUCUCAAUGUGAAUUUGAGUGACUGACUGGAUUCUUGUGGAGAAGGACAGAACCGAUAAACCAAUUUUCAGCAUCUCACCCAUUUGCGCGGAGAGCGGCUUGUGCAUGCUCUUCUGGGUUGAGCAUCUGACAGCGUCUUUUUCUGCUGGAGCUUGGCUGAUCCGAGCGGUCCUUGGUCGGGCAUGGAGGGAGCCGAGAUGAGCGCCUUUCGGAGGUGUAGUGGGGUGUUUCUGUUGGGAUUGUGUUGCGUACUAAUGGAACUGUGGAGGCUCGGGGCCGCCUGCCCCGCGUCCUGCACCUGCAGCGGGACCAGGAUCGCCUGUGUGGACCAGGAGCGGGGUAUCAUGGCUUUCCCCGUGUUGCAGUCGGAGCUGGAGAUGGACAACAUUACAGACAUAUAUAUUGCAAAUCAGAGUAGCUUCUCGUCCAUCAAUGACAAAGACCUGCAUUAUUACCGGAACCUCACAAAUCUAACUGUGACUAACAGCCGGCUGACCUAUGUGUCUCGACUGGCUUUCCAGAACAACCUCAAACUUCAGUAUCUGAAUUUGAAAGACAACAACCUGUCAUCUCUGUCUUGGAGGAUAUUUCGACAUUUAAACAUAUCAAAUCUGAUUCUUUCUGGGAACCCGCUGCACUGUUCCUGUGAGAUCAUGUGGAUGAAGCUAUGGCUGGGAGAGGAGGCCGAUGCUCAGGAGCUCCAAUGUAUAGCGGAGGAUGGCGGGAGGAAACCCCUGACCAGGCUCAAACUCCCUCACUGCAUGGUUCCCAUGGCGACUCUGAGCCCGUCCAAGGUGAUGGUGCAGGAGGGUGCUGAUGUGGUGUUGACAUGCAACACCUCCGGAGAGCCCUCUCCUGAGCUCAUCUGGAAAAUGACCCCACUCAUCUCCUACUAUGAGAUAGAGGCCUCAGGCCAGGUGUCUGAGCUCCAUCUCUAUAACCUCUCCUCCCUGGACAACAACUGUAAGAUCACCUGCAGUGCUGGGAACAUUGUGGGCGAGAAUGAGUCCACAGUUCUCCUCAACAUCCUCUUUCCUCCUAACAUCAGUAAGUUGAGCGAUGCCUACCAGGACCACCACUGGUGCAUCCCAUUCAGUAUGUCUGGGAACCCAAAGCCCAAGCUCCGCUGGCUGUUAAACGGGGAGCCGGUCAAUGAGGGACCCUACAUCAUGACCAUGAUCCAUGACUUCUCUGAGAGGGAGUACCACGGCUGCCUGCAGCUGGACAGCCCCACACACAUCAACAACGGACCGUACACCCUGCUGGCCAGCAACAAGUACGGACAGGACCGCAAGACCGUCGAUGCCCACUUCAUGCGCGACCCCUUUGAGGGAGGAACAGUGACAGAACCUCUUUACUAUGACCCAACUACAGAUGACACACCUCUAGAUCCACCAGAAGACAGAGUUGCUAUAUACGUGGUUGUAGGGGUUGCAGCCGUAGCCUUCACGGGUUUCCUCUUGAUGCUGGUCAUCCUAAAAUUUGGGGGAAACUCAAAGUUUGGAAUCAAAGGUGCAUCGUCUGUGAUCAGUAACGAUGACGACUCAGCCUCUCCUCUCCACCACGUGUCCAACGGCAGUAACACUCCGUCCUCCUCUGAAAUGGGCCCAGACGCCGUCAUCAUCGGCAUGACCAAGAUCCCCGUCAUCGAGAACCCUCAGUACUUCCGCAGCAACAGCAUGCUUAAAUCAGACACCUUUGUCCAGCACAUCAAGAGGCACAAUAUAGUGCUGAAGAGGGAGUUGGGAGAAGGGGCAUUUGGCAAGGUUUUCCUGGCCGAGUGCUAUAACUUGUCUCCUGAGCUCGACAAGAUCCUGGUGGCUGUCAAGACCCUGAAAGAGGCCAGUGAGAAUGCGAGGAAGGACUUCCACCGAGAGGCCGAGUUGCUGACCAACCUGCAGCACGAGCACAUCGUCACCUUCUACGGUGUGUGUGUGGAGAGCGAUCCCCUCAUCAUGGUGUUUGAGUACAUGAAGCACGGGGACCUCAACAAGUUCCUCAGGGCUCACGGUCCCGACUCUGUGAUGAUGGGUGACGGUCCGACAAACCGACCCGUGGAGCUGACCCAGUCCCAGAUGCUGCACAUCGCCCAGCAGAUCGCUGCAGGCAUGGUUUACCUGGCCUCCCAGCACUUUGUCCACCGAGACCUGGCCACACGUAACUGUCUGGUGGGAGAGAACCUGCUGGUGAAGAUCGGUGACUUCGGCAUGUCCCGAGACGUGUACAGUACGGACUACUACAGGGUAAGUGUGGGCGGUCACACCAUGCUGCCCAUCCGCUGGAUGCCUCCAGAGAGCAUCAUGUACAGGAAGUUCACCACAGAGAGUGAUGUGUGGAGUUUGGGCGUGGUCCUCUGGGAGAUCUUCACCUACGGCAAACAGCCCUGGUAUCAGCUCUCCAACAACGAGGUGAUUGAGUGUAUUACACAGGGGCGUGUCCUGCAGCGGCCUCGCACCUGUCCCAAAGAGGUGUACGACCUGAUGCUGGGGUGCUGGCAGAGAGAGCCUCACAUGAGACACCACAUCAAGGAGAUCCACAGCCUACUGCUCAACCUAGCCAAAGCUUCUCCUGUCUACCUGGACAUCCUGGGCUGAGCGGGCGUGCGUGUGCGUGUGUGUUGUGGCGUGUGUGCGUGUGUGUUGUGGCGUGUGUGCGUGUGUGUGCGUGCGUGCGAACAUGCACGUGGCUGUACAAUACAAGAGGGAAUGAGUGUGUGCCUGUACGUGUGUGUCUAUUGAUGCACCUGUCCUUGAGUGUGUGUUUAAAGCUACGAUCAAACUCUUUAAGGCAAUCAGAAGAUUCCCCAACUGUUCCCUUGUGCCCUCCUCUUUCUCUCUCUCUCUUACUUUCCACCUACUUCUACUCUUUCAUGCAUCUCUUUACCCACCAUCUUCCUGCUCAAGAGACGUUAAGAAUGGUUUGCAGUGGGAAGGCUUCUCCCAUCGCUACAAAGGCUUUUUAACUGGGGCUAAAUAUUCCACAGUAAAUGGCUGAGGGCUCUAUACGAGCAGGCAGUGCCGUUUGGUCCAACUGGUUUCUGGAAACUCCUUCCUUCUGUAAAUAAAACCCCUUAGGUCCAGAAGAGGUGCCUCCACUGCAGAUAGGCGGAUUCUUCUCUGUACAUAGAGGACAUACAUCUACCAGACAUCGGACCCUGCAAUGUCCUGCAAAGAGUUGCGAUGCAUUGCGCCAUGUAAGGAGACAUGGAAGCAACCAGACUAUUAUUUUCCCCUCAUGUCAACAAGACAUGACAUAACAAGAUAUAGUAUUUCCCCUCAUGCUGACGAGCAGCAACAAAUUAAAUGCUACUGUCUAACUGAAGCAAUGAUGAAAGUAAACUUAAAAGGGAGAUUUGGGGCUGUUCCCCAAUGGGUGUUCUUCAGCUCAGUCUGUCUGUAGUCUUUGUCUGUGACUAUGUACACAAAAGAGGGUAUUUGAUACAUUUUGGGGGAUGAAGAUGUUUCAAUUCCCAUGUCAAGUGCUGAUGUCAUGUCAUUUAUCGAUUUAUGUGUCCAACAUUCUCUGACAAUACUGAGAAAGAGAGUAUGGGCGGGGUCUGUGUCAGAUGGCCCUUUCAUGGUCAGUGAUGAGGAUCUCCGUUUAGGCGUGGUUGGGUCAACUGUGGUAGGAUCAUGGCACUCACACACACACAUCCCCCACCCCCUACUACACACACACACACUCAAAAGGCUUCUGAAGGAAAUUGAAUUUUGCAUGUUUUAUUAUUUUAGCCCCACAGUGCUUUAGCGACGCAGCCCCAGCCCUCGUCAGUAAUGGUGUAAUGUAUAUUUCAUUAAGGAGCUAAUGUUGGACAUUAGCACAGUCUCCCCUCAGACAUUUAAGACGUAUUGUUUUAUGGGAGAGAGGGAAAGGAGAUGAGGAAGUGGAGAAGAGGAGAGAGAGACAGCGAGAUGGAGAGGAGUGGAGAGCGAGAGAGGGAGGGAGGAGGCCUGAAUGUCUGCAGGGAAAUAGAGAGAUAACAUCCAUCAUCGUGCGGUCUUGUCGGUUUUAGAAUCCACAGCUGUUUACUUCACACACCUCGCAUUCCUAUGGUGGGUUCCUCAACCUCACACACACACACACACACACACACACACACACACACACACACACACACGGGCACCACACACAAAACCUUCUCUUACACACAUUCAAUAUCAACUGUAGGCUCACCUACAGACUUUCAAGAUCAAAAGCCUACACUCACAUACAGUACCUUACAUGUGGUUUACACUGUCAUUAUCAUAGACACACUAUAAGCAGACUUAUUCAGAUGUAAUAACUUCAUUCAAGACUGUUUGAGUAUCAUGAUAUUGUCAUAUGUUUCUGUAACUGAUUGCAUUUUACUGGUUUGGUCAUAUGCUCAGUACUUGAUGGUAUUGAUAUUUGUGUUCUUAUUUAUUAUGUUAUUAAAAAAGUAUAAAUUUUUUAUGAGACGUUUCUGAGGUCUAAGUCAAUUAUUUGGUCUGAAUCGAGGCCUGACUCAAAUUUAAAGUGAGUGAUCUAAUUGAUUAUGCGUGUGCCUCCGAAAUAGUGCAAUACUUGGGCCCACAUUGGGCUGUGGUCAAAAGUAGUGCACUAUAUAGGGAAGAGGGUGUCAUUUCAGACGUAGACUGUGUGUGUCUGUUUGGGCCCAUGCACACAGUCUUUGUUGCAUUUUCCUGCCUGCCACUUGAAACAUACAUUAGGUCCAAUAAAUACCAUCCAUUCCACAAAGAGAAUGGAUGUCUUUCUGUGCAAGAGCAAAUGGAAAAAUGCUUUACAGGUAUUCAAUAUUGGUUACACAAUAAUGUUGUGUAAAACAAAGCAACAUUGUGUGCAACGACCUUCAGUGUGAGUGUAGUUGGCAGUGAAAUAACUGCCAGUGUGAGAAAGAGCACUGUGUGAAUACAAAUGUGUCCAUCGAACUAACAAACCACUCUUAAUGCGCUAUGUGGAAAUAGCCUACAUGAACAGGCUAAAGUGGGAUAUGGCAAUGGUGAAUUAUCUAUCAGAGAACUGCACUGGAAGACAUUUCUAUGUGGCUCUCUUCCAUCACAAUGGACCCAGUCUGAGUUUACUCUACAUCCUGGACAAGUUGCUGUGACUAAUUAUGGAGCCUACCCAGAAUCCAUUCUGUUGGAGGUUCAAACCAUUUCCGCCUACCAAUAGGCUCUAGGCAAUGGGCGGCACCAAUCGCAGUGCUAUCGAUCUCUUUGCUAAAAAAUUGACACCUCAAAAGACUGACAAUCACAACCCUUAACAAGUGACCUGCUGUAUAGUUACAAACCUCUCCUCUCUCUAAUGUAUCUUCUCUUUCUUUCUCGUUCUCUCCCAGCGGUUACAUUGUCCAACUGUGACAUCCUUGAUGGGUCAGUGAGAGGAGUGUGUAUAUGACCCAGCUCUGAAGGCUUUAGUCUCAGUGCUGUGACUGGAGUUUCUCAUAACGUGUGUAAUAAUAAUGUGAUCUGCUUCUCUCGAUGAACGGACCAGACUGUUGUGAUACGGUGUCAUUAAUAAAAGUGUAAUGUCUUACCUCA